AAAACAUUAAAAACAAAUUCCCAAUUUUCCAAAUCCCCUCUUAUCUUAUAGCAAUAUCGCAUUAUACAUUCUCUCUCUCUCUCUCUCCCCCUCUUCCCUCCCUGCAAUCUUCAGAAGCCAGGCAAAUUCUCUGGAAAAGCUCCUGGGCUUUUUUUGAGUCUUUAUGUAUAUAUAAUAUAUAUGCGCUUGUGUAUGUCAUAACACAUCCAUUCUUGGAUUCAUUUGAUGGGUUAUCUAAGUUGUAAGGCUGCAUCAGCCGUCUCAGUCUCCAAUUCCGAUUCCUCGGCCAAAACCCAUAUCGGCGAAGCCAAAGCCCCCAUCAAAAUCAAGCAGUUCGAGUACAGCGACCUGGAGGCCGCCACCAAUGGCUUCUCCGAACGGAAGCUUCUCGGCAAAGGCAGCCAUGGCCUGGUCUACAAGGCCGUGCUUCGCGGCGGCCGCCUCGUCGCCGUCAAGAAGCCCUCCCACGCCGUCUCUUCCCGGCUCUCCGACAACUCCAACGAGGUCGACAACGAGAUUGAGAUCCUCUCCAAGCUCCACAACCCCCGGCUCGUCAACUUGGUCGGCUUCACCGUCGACCCGGCCGACCGGCUCCUGGUCGUCGAGUUUAUGAGCAACGGCAAUCUCUACGAUGUCCUUCAUUCGACUGCCCGGCCGCCGAAUUGGGGCCGAAGAAUCCGGCUCGCUCUCCAGACCGCGAAGGCCAUCGACACCCUCCACUCCGCCGUCCCGCCGGUGAUCCACCGCGACAUCAAGUCGGCGAACAUCUUAAUUGACCGGAAUUUCAACGCCCGAUUGGGGGAUUUCGGCCUGGCCCUGCGCUGCCACGUGGACGAUUAUCGUCUUCGAUCGACUCCACCGGCAGGUACAAUGGGCUAUCUCGAUCCGGGCUAUGUUACUCCCGAUAAUUUGAGUACCAAAACCGAUGUAUUCAGCUUUGGAAUUCUGCUUUUGGAAAUUAUUAGUGGUAGAAAGGCAAUUGAUAUUGGGUAUUCGCCGCCUUCGAUUGUGGAUUGGGCGAUUCCAUUGAUAAGGAGAGGGAAGCUUCUGGCAACAUAUGAUCCGAGGAUCGAGCCGCCGAAAGACCCAAUGGUGAGGAAGCAAUUGGCUGUGAUAGCCGCCAAGUGUGUGAGAUCCUGCCGGGAGAGGCGGCCGUCGAUGAAGGAGGUCGUGGAAAGCCUCACUGUUUUAAGCAAAUUGGUUCCUCUUCAUUCAUGGAACGGUUUCACAAAUCCUUGCUUGAUGGUUGAAAACGUGGGCCGGCCGGUUGAAUCUGGGAAUACCCAGUUGAAUUCGAGGCGAAGGGGUCCUGAAUUGGAUGGUAUAGAUGCUAGUAACCCCAGACCUUUGAGAAAUUCACGGAGAGUGUACUCUGAUUUGGGUUUCAGGAACAAUUUGAUGGAUCUAAUGGCUGAAUUUCGGGGUGAUGCUGAUGGUGUUGAUCUUGAAUCAAGAUCAGUAAAUGGGGGAUCGAGUUUUAGGAGCGAAAAUGGACGAACUGUUGGGAGGAGAACCUGGCUUCUGCCCCGUGGCAAUGGCAGUGGGAGCUGUCACGGGCUUGACGUGAAACCAGUCAGUCGGGGAGAAUUCUAAUGUGUAUCCUGUAGGGGUUACCGUUUCUCGAUUGAGUUCUAGUGCUGAGCACAUCUAGUUCAUUGUUAAACUUUAUGCGGAGGUUCAUCUGAAUCUCUAUUGCUGAUUGAGAACCGAGCAAAGCUCGAGUAUGUAAGUUUCCCUCGCUUGCAUAUCGAAAUUGAUGAUGUAGAGUCCUUGUGGUUUUCAUUCAAUUCAUUUUGAUGAUCGUGAGUUUAUGGAGAUGAACCUUCAUGAUAUUAUGUUUCAUUCCUAUGUCUGGUU